GACGAGGAAGAAGAAGAAGAAGAAGAAGAAGAAGAAGAAGAAUUAGCUCAAACGCAUAUUGUAGUCGUAUUACUGAAAUGUUUUCGGUUGAAGCUAAACAACAAUAAUGUCUGCAGUUCCGAGUUUGAGAGAGUUUGUCAACGAGAGACUGACUGCUGCUGCUGAAGAAAUAUUAGGAGUUUUUGAAAGAACUAUCGUCGAGUACGAGGAAGAGAUUGAUCGUCAGCGCAGACUGUUGAACAUCUUACCCACAAUAAAGUUACACAGGAUAGUAUUUUGUCUCCUUCCAGAGCUCCCUCAGCAACAUGUCUGUAAGGAGGAGGAGGUUCUCUCUGAGCAGCAGCUCUGCAUUCAGGAGAAAAACUACAGUGUGAACCAAGAGGACCCAGAGAGUGGAGGACCUCCACAUAUUAAAGAGGAACAAGAGGAGCUGUGCAGCAGUGAGGAGCAGCUUGUACUGAAGCAGGAGACUGAUGACUUUAUGUUGACUCCGACUUGUAUGGAAAGUGAUCACAGUGAAGAUCAGACUCUGAACCUGAGCAUCAGUGACACUCAGAGUCAAGGCGAGGAAAAUCCUCCUGGGCAGUUUCCACUUCAAUGCUAUGUACCAUCAGAAGAAGGGAUUGUAUACACAAACAGGGACCAUCAGCUCCUCUCUCACAACUCUCCACUAGCUGAGAGCCAAGAUCAGAAAGUUGGCAAUCAUGGAGACUCAGGAUCAACUCACGCAGAGCCAGAAGUAAACCAGAGAGAUAACAUUAUUCAAAGUCAAAGCUACAAUGUUAACAGCACAACUAAGUCAAUAUUGCAUAAAUUAAAAUGUGAGAUAUGUGACAAAGGUUUUAAGUACAAGUCUAAAUUGCAGAGUCACAUGAGAGUCCACACAGGUGAGAAGCCCUAUUCUUGCAAAAUGUGUGGGAAAGACUUCAGAGGUAAAUGUGACUUAACCAUCCACCUGAGAGUCCACACAGGUGAGAAGCCCUAUUCUUGCAAGACCUGUGGGAAAGACUUCAGACGUAAAUGUAACUUAACCCUCCACCUGAGAGUCCACUCAGGUGAGAAGCCUUACGAUUGCAAGACCUGUGGGAAAGGAUUCAAUUAUAUAUCCGCAUUGAAAAGUCAUCUAAGAAUCCACACAGGAGAAAAGCCAUUUUCUUGCCAAACAUGUGGAAAACAAUUCAGUCACUUAACAUCCUUUACGAUUCACAGUAGAACCCACACAGGUGAGAAGCCAUAUUCUUGUGAAACAUGUGGCAAAGGAUUCAAAUGUAGUAGUGAGUUAAAAGUCCACAUAAGAAGACACACGGGUGAGAAGCCAUUUACUUGCCAAACAUGUGGAAAAAGAUUUAGUUACUGUUCAACAAUGACAAGGCAUUCAAGAAUCCACACAGAUGAGAAGCUGUUCAUUUGCACAACAUGUGGGAGAGUAUUCAGACACAACAGUGGUCUGUUAAAACACAUGAACGAAGUCCACACUGAACACACACCUGAGGAUCAAUAUACACAGGAGAAACCAUCUAACUAAAACUGCUGUGGGAAAAUGUUCACAAACUUCAUUACAUACACUUAGCAGAAGUUACAUCUCUUUAACCAAAUGAAAAAAGUGAGAUUUGCAUACUUUCAAUUUUCUCUUCAUUUGACUUUACUACUUAUAUUUCUGUUCGCAAACAAUAUCACUUUUAAAUUAGUUUUGCAGAGAGUUCACAGUAGUGACUGUCAAAGCAAUGGAUGAUCUUCAAGGAUGUUGGUUUUUGCAAGAAGGUUUAUUUAUGAAGCAGAUUUGAAUAAUUUUUUAAAGGGCAACCAGGACUUGUGCAACUAAAACAUAGAGGGGUUUACACUAACACAAUUAUAAAAACAAUGGAUUACUUAUUGUCUUUACAGGUUGGACUGAAAAGUUAUGCUUUUGUAAUGUAAUUGCUGGUGUUUUGAAAGUGGUUGUGGUGGGAUUGACUUUCCUCUUGCAUUUUGAAUCAAAAAGAUUUGAGUGAGGUUUGCCAUGUUUUGAUAGUAAUUGUACAUCGACAUUUUUUUGCAUUUUGAAAUGUAGUAAUUUUUGGUUUAGAGCAGAUCAUUAAUUGUUUAUCUUAUUGUGUAGAUGGGUUGCAAUGUUAACAUUUUACAUGAAGUAAUCUAAAUAGCCUAUAGCAGAACACAAAAAAAGUGUAAAAUCGAAUGGACUAAAUAAGAAAUUAGAAAAACAUAAAAAAAACACAAGCAGAUUGAACACAUUUUAUAGAACAGAACAGCUGCAUUGAUCCGUCCUCUGUGCAGACCAUACAGACACUUUGCUCUGGCAGCUGUGGAGGGACAGAUAUAAAAUGAUUAGUAUACUGGGAUUGUAAAGACAAAGUGCAGUACCAUAGUGAGACAAUUUCGAUUUAGUUCUUGUGUGUUUUUUACAUGAACUAAUUCGUAGAAGUCCAAAUAGCAUGCAAUUGCACCCAAUACUGCAGAAAGUUACCUUUCUAUGGACAUAGUAACACAUUUGAUUGGUGUGAAUUUGGCAAAACAGGAAUAAAGAUGGUAAACAGGAAGAGGCUGGACAGUGACAAACAUUGUCUCAUGUGGCUUGGGAGAAGGACUCUCAAUCGUGUACAACCUGUUGUGCCUUGGAAGCCUUUACUUGUGAGUUUAUCACCUUUUUUCUUUGUUUAGAAUGACUUUACAUGUUAAACUUAUGUUUGAAAUAAAUAGCAAACUGUUGAAGCUACUGUGAGCAGUUAAGAUGUAUUUGUGCUUUAUACUUGAAGCAAAUUGUAAAAUUGUAAAGAUUUCAGUAAACUGUCUAAACCAAA